AUGUCGGUUAGUAGUACCCCAAUGGCGGACAACAAUAAACCAGUGAUCAAGAACGUUGAUAUGACUGAAGAAAUGCAACAGGAAGCUGUAGAAGUCGCUCGCAUAGCCUUGGAAAAGUAUCCUAUCGAAAAAGACAUUGCUGCUUAUAUCAAACGUGAGUUCGAUAAGAAACACGGAAGCACCUGGCAUUGUAUUGUCGGAAGGAAUUUCGGGAGUUAUGUUACGCAUGAAACCAAACACUUCAUCUAUUUCUAUCUUGGUCAGAUGGCCGUAUUAUUAUUCAAAUCCGGAUAA